CCGCACAUUAGAGAAGUUUGCAUUUCGCUGGUGCCGUUUUCCCGGCCGUUACUUUCUCGUCAACAGGAUGCUAAAUCGUUUAGGCAAAAUUUUGAUUUUCAGGUUGUCUCUCAGCAUUCAUGGCUACUAGCGCCAAUGGCAGUGAAUGCCGUGAAGCGUAUCAUCGACCCCACUCGCGACACUUCUGUGAAUUUGAAAAUGAUCAAGAUAAUUAAGAAGAUGGGGGAUACCGUGGAGGAGUCUGAAAUGAUUGAUGGAGCUCUGAUUGAUCAAAAGACAAUGGGACGUGGAGGGCCAACUCGCGUGGAAAAAGCUAAAAUUGGCCUUAUUCAAUUUCAACUUAGCCCACCUAAAACAGAUAUGGAAAACCAGGUAAUAAUCUCCGAUUAUACGCAAAUGGAUCGUGCUCUCAAGGAAGAACGCCAGUAUUUGCUUGAUUUGUGCAAGCAAAUUAAGAAGGCCGGGUGCAAUGUUCUAUUAAUUCAGAAGAGUAUCCUCAGGUUUGAUUUAUUUCAGUGCCAUAUACACUCGCGGAGAAUGCUGGUCUCUCUCCCAUUCAUACUGUUACCGAAUUGCGUGCACAGCAUGCCAAUGGAAAUUCUGAUUACGGUGUCAACGUUCGGAAGGGUUACGUCACCGAUAUUCGAGAAUGUACUCCAACCGUUGAUGGUUACAAUGUCUGCUAUCCAGCUUGCGUCCGAAUGUGUUAGAUCUAUUCUCAAGAUAGACGAUAUUGUGACUAACCUCUACGAAGUUGCGGAUACACCUUUCGGUGGUGUUCUGAAAGCUUUAGCUGACGAUGCUGAUCCAUCAGAAUCAUUGUUGCAAGUGCUACCUCCCACCGAUUCCUUGUUAAAGGAAUGUAAAAAGGCUCUAUCGGUAAACGAGUCGGCUCCUAAAUGGAUUCGCGACGCAGUAGAAAGGAUUUCUUCACUACUGAAAUCUAACCUGAAGGCGAAAAAGGAAGAAAAGGAAAGAAGAAAAAAGGCUGUGCUAAGUGUCCCUGAAACAAACCUAAUUUUCAUGAACAGGCCCCAAGUAGAUGAGGAGAUGGAAUGUAUGGCUCGUUGA